CAUAAACAAAAGGUUUCGUCUGCUCUACGUGUGAGUGUGUUGUUCUCUGUUAUUAUUGUGUUUCUGUCAGGUGUGAGACACAGGCAGGCGAGAACAACACGUGAAGGAUGUGCUGAACCCUCCAGGGAUAUCCAAGAUACCAUUAUCACUCGUGAAAGAAGCGAGAGGAGGAAGCUGCCGCCGCUGCUGCUAGAAAUAUAUCUGAGAGGAAGCAUCACUAAACCAGAGUGACGAAACUUUAACUCGUGCAGUCAGUGGGAGGAGAAAAAAUUUCCAGGUAAACCGCACGUAUCCUGAAGAAGAGUGACAACACCAUAAUUUAUGUACUCAGUGGAAGGGGAAGAAAUUUCUCAGUAAUCUGCACGCAUCCUGAAGACGACGACGAAUAUCUCUUCUAGACGGACAAAAGUUUUCCCAUGUUAAAAAGGCAUCUAGAGGCCGAUUAUUAACCCAAGGGUGGUGGAGUGAGACGGCAUGUUUGACCCCAUUCUGGUGGUGGUCUGUUGUGCUGGUGUUGGGUUGACGCUCUCAUAUUUUACACUUGGAAAUUCGCGGAUGCCUCAACACAAUCAAGAAGAGGAUGAGUCAGAAAAAAGUUGUCUAUGUGCAAAGUCAAGCAGAAGGCGAGUGCUAGUAGUGACAGCUCAUCCUGAUGACGAGGUCAUGUUCUUUGGUCCCACCAUUCUGCACUUCACACAACAGGAAGGAGCACUGGUGUACCUUCUCUGUCUUUCUACUGGCAACUACUAUGGGCAAGGAAGAAUCCGGUGCAAGGAAUUAUGGACAAGUUGCAAUAUACUUGGUGUGUCUAGAGAAAACAUUAUUGUUUAUCGCUGUGAUGACCUGCCAGAUGACCCAGAUAUAAUGUGGCCUACAGUGAAGACAGCCAAUCUCAUCAACCAGUACCUCCAUGCUCUUGACAUUGAUAUGGUGGUGACUUUUGAUAUGGGGGGAGUCAGUGGCCACAUCAACCACUCGGCACUAUUUUCUGCUGUUCAACACUUGGUAGAGGAGGAAUUUUUACCAGAAACAUGUGAGGCAUUCUCUCUUGACUCGGUAAAUAUUCUGCGAAAAUACUCUUCUCUUCUUGAUGUUCCACUCAGCUAUGCACUUUCUUCAUGUGCCUUCACUGUAGACCGUAAAAGACAUUCUAUUUUACAG